AUUAAUUCUAAGAAACUUGACGUUUCCUUUCUGUACACAGUAACUAGCAACCGCGCACAUCUUGUGCGAUACGUCUCUUGUUGAAAUACUGUAAUUGUCAUUAUUUUCGUGCUAUUUAAAGAUGAAUACGGUUCUGUCGAGAGCUAACUCUUUGUUCGCCUUCUCCCUGAGCGUCAUGGCGGCCUUAACUUUUGGCUGUUUCGUCACGACAGCGUUCAAAGACAGAAGAGUUCCUGCUGACAUCCACGUCUCUAAAGUCAUGCUGAAGAAUGUUGAUGACUUCACAGGACCCAGAGAGCGCAGUGAUCUGGGUUUCAUCACCUUUGACCUCUCAGCUGAUUUGCAGCCAGUUUUUGACUGGAAUGUUAAACAGCUGUUUCUCUAUCUGUCUGCUGAGUACAGCACAAAGAGCAAUUCUCUGAACCAGGUGGUGCUGUGGGAUAAGAUCGUCCUUCGAGGUGAAAACACCAAACUGAACCUCAGAGACAUGAAGUCCAAAUACUUCUUCUUUGAUGACGGGAAUGGACUCCGGGCCAAUAAGAACAUCACGCUAACUUUGUCAUGGAACGUUGUUCCCAACGCUGGAAUCCUGCCUCUGGUUGCUGGAAGUGGACAAGUCAGCCUCCCUUUCCCAGAUGCAUAUGAGACCACCAAGAGCUAUUAGACAGACAGAAACACACACCCAGCCAGUUUUAACACACACACACACACACACUUCUUCAUAGCCCUAACCCUAAAUUAAUUUUUGGUUUGUAAUAAAAGUUGAGAUUGGAACAUC